AUGCAGCAAGAAGGCACAUCAUCUCCGUCACCUCGCCUAUGCCACCGCUUCAAUACGCUCAUCUGGUCGUGUCUUGACGUUGAUCUAUACAAGUCUGCUCUAUUUUAUGCGGAGCGUUACUUUGUGCUUGACACAAAUAAUCACGACGCUCGCCAUCUCUAUGCAACCGCACUCUUACGUUCUGGCCAGCCACACUCUGCGCACUUCCUUGUGAACCUUCCUACGGACAUCCGGUGUAGUGGCUGUUUCGAGAUUAAGGCGAAGUGCUGUACUGCGCUGGGGAGACACAGACAAGCGAGAGAGGCGUUGGAGGAGAGUAUGCGGGGUCGUGCAUACACACCUGCACCGUCCAUGAGCUCCCGUACGGUGGUGUCGUUCCCCGAGGAGGCCGUUCUUCAUUGUCGAUCUGGGAAUAUGGCUCUCAAAGGCAAUCUACCCGAGAAUGCAGCUGUCAGUUUUCACAAGGCGUUGGCACUCAAUCCCAUGCUAUGGGAAGCGUUCGAGGGGUUGUGUAUGCUAGGCAGAAUCCCAGAGAUUGACGAACUUUUCCCCCCACGACCUCCGCCAAUAAAGCAAAUACCACCGGACGGGGCUCAGACUAAAGUACCCAUCCCAGUGGCAACAGGUGCUGGCUUUUUCACGCCUGAUGUCGGCGGCGGUGGUAACCUGUUUCGGGCGUGGAAGCCUGAGAUCAGCCAGCCACAACCGUUUCGUUUAGACCAAGCAUUGGGAUCUCGCGACUCUAUAGCCUCCGCGGACUCUUCGUUAUUUCCUGAAGCGUCGUUUGUGCAAGGGUCUCUUCGUCCGAGUCGGUCACAACCGAUGGUCUCAUUAGCGGUGCAACCCCCAGCUGUGCGUCCCCUUUCUUCAGCAGAUGAGGCGGGCCCGGUGACCAAGAAGCUGCGCUCUGGUGUGCGGCAGCGUACGGCUCCCCCCUCAACAAACGCCGCGGACUCGAACACGAAUCUGAAGCCGUCCAAGUCUGCUGGCGCGCUGCUCCUGGGGGCGGCCGACCGCAUGAAAAGCUCAAAGACUACGGCGACGUCCUCUAGGUUACAUGCGACCGGAGCGAAGGGUGGGCGUGAACAGCAACCUCCGGUCGGCGCUGCAACCAGGCGGAGUACGCGUCUGCUCGGCGGAGGCAAUAGCAAGACGCUCGCCACAAAGCAUUCGACAUUGCGGGACCGACGGCGGGUGCAUACACGGGUGCGUUCUCGGUCGAUAGAAUCUGACAUGGACGAAGAGCCUGGUGGCCCCCUUGCUUUCACUCCACCGCCUCCAAUACCACAGUCCCCUCCAGAAGCCCCAGCCGGACCCAGUGUCCCGUCAGCGGCGCAAGAGCAGGCUGCGCAGGACUUGUACGAUGCGGAGCUAGCAGACUACCACAUAUACGAGUUAAUGCGGUCAUUUGCUCGUGCGGGCAGGGCGAUGGCCUUGUAUGACUGUCACGAAUGCCUGGAGCAUCUGGAGAAAUUGCCGUCCAAUCAUCAGCGAUCUGCGUGGGUGAUGGCCAUGGUUGGGAAGGCUCAUUACGAACUUGGUGAAUAUGUUGCAGCCGAGCGAGCCUUCGAAGCCGUGCGCAAUCUGGAGCCGUACAGGCUCACCGACAUGGAAGUGUACUCAACAUUACUCUGGCAUCUCCAACGGAAUGUCAAGCUCUCGUUUCUCGCGCAGGAGCUGUUAUCGACAGACCCACGAUCACCACAAGCUUGGAUCGCAGUCGGCAAUUGCUUCUCCCUCCUGAAGGAGCGUGCGCAAGCUUUGACGUGUUUCCAGCGGGCAGCCCAGUUGGACCCUGCUUGCGCAUAUGCCUACACGUUGAGCGGACACGAGACGAUCGACCAGGACCUUGACAAGGCGAUCAAUUUUUUCGAGUCUGCUUUACGUGCCGAUGCACGGCACUACAACGCUUGGUAUGGGCUAGGAUCAUGCUAUAUGCGAAUGAGCAAGCUGCGACUCGCCGACUACCAUUACCGCAGGGCCGCACAGAUCCACCCUCAGAACGCGGUUCUUCUAGGAUGCGUGGGGAUGGUUCACCAGCGCUGUGGGGAGCACGACAAGGCGCUGAAGUUGUUCGAUGAGGCCGUGAGUCUGUCGCCGGAGAACGCGCUUGUGCGUUAUCGACGGGCGAAGGUGCUUAUCUCGCUCAGGAGAUACAAACUGGCUGUGGAAGAUCUAGAGUACCUGCGCGAUACAUCACCGGAGGAGUCAAACGUUAUCUUCCAACUGGCGAAGGUGUACCGGCUGCUUGGGGACGAGCUGAAGAGCGCGCAGACGCUGGCUGUGGCUCGCGACGUGUCUCCGAAGAGCGUGAACAAGAUCAGGAAGCUGCUGGAGACGGUGAAGGACACGAGGUCGGAGGAGGAGGUGAUGGAUGUAGGAUGA